AUGAACGAUAUCGCGAAUCAACCCAUCGACAGGGAGGAAGUCGACCCAGGUCAGAGCCCAGUGUGCGACGGCGAGCGCCAGGGGGAGGGCCAGGAGCCUCCGCGAAAGAGGGCGCGCUUGAGCUGUAAUACCUGCAAGGCUCGCAAGACCAAAGUGAAAACUGGUGCAUGUCACUAUUGCAGGUCUUUGAAUCUUCCGUGCGAGGCGAGUAUCAAGAACCGCAAGCGGCCAUUCUAUCGCGUUUCAGGCGAGGUAUAUGACUAUUCUAUCAAGCUUCUCCGCCGCUUCGUAUCGGAAGAGGAGCUCCCCGAGCUUACCGUAGAGAAGAUACAAGACUUUCUCCGAAGGUUGGACGCUGCAGAAAGUAGGGGACCCAACUCCCAAGCCCCAUGCACUGAGGGAGUACAGAGAGACAACCAUGGUCCACUUGAGAAGAUGGACCAGGACGUCACCAACGAGACGAUGGAGGGCGAUGAACAUCCAGUGCUUCAAGAGCGCCUCGGUUGUAUGCUCCUAGACUCCAUGGGCAAAUAUCGCUACGUCGGUGCCAACUCGUCGAUCCGCUGGUUCAACGCAAUUCACACAGCACGAGAGCCACGAGAGACUUCGUCUCGGUCAGACCCAAAAAUCAUUUCCCCACUGAAGUUCGGCCCGCUCCCACCGAGUCCAGACAGUGGUGUGGGCAGUCGCCGGACGGGAUUGUACUUCCCGCCUCGCGAGCACUGGAUGGUCUAUGUCGGCCGGUUUUUUGAACAGGUCUACUGCACCUACUGGUUUUAUUCUGCCGAAGAUUUCUACCCUCGCCUGGAACAAACCAUGGAGGAUGGCGGCGCCUCCGCAAGCGCAUCCUGGUUGUGUUCUAUCUACUCCAUCUUCGCUAUUGGAAGUAUGCGACCCAGUGGCCAAGGGGUUGAGGCCCCGGGCUCCAGGCUUGCGGAUUCCAAGACACCUACGGCCUACCUGGCUCUGGCACGGGAGGUAUCAGCAGGGGCCUGUGAUGAGGCCGACCUAGACAGUGUCAAAGCGUUCGGACUCUUGGGUUUGGCGACGCACGCGACCUGCUACAGUAUUGCGGCCUAUCUCCAUCUCGGAACGGCUGUGAAGAUUGCCUUUUCUCUAGGGCUACACCGAGAUGUCUUCCUCCGCGGGAAAGGGACCGUCGAGCGGGAGGGCAGCCGACGACUGUGGUGGACCAUAUACAUUCUUGACUACGAGAUGGCCAGUCGAUUUGGGUACCCGUGUUCUAUUAUCGACGACGCCGUCUUCAUGAGCACAUCCCCGGCAACAGAGCAGAUUUUGAGCCCAGGGCCGAACACUCCACUGGGGUACCAGGCACUGCUAGUGAGCCUAGUCCGUAUGACGAAGACUAUCGGCCACGAAUGUUUUCUGGAGCCGGCACACAUGGGAGGCAGGCUACCCAUUAGCCGCGUUACCAAAGCACUGGCAUCUCUAAGGCGAUGGCACAACAAGAUCCCCACCCACCUUCAAUGGGACUCGUCCGUCAAUCCCCAGCACCGUCGGGCUGUGCCUCUAUUGCACCUCCGGUUUUGGGCCACCGUCAUCUCCCUGGUUCGCCCCUUUCUACUCUUUACCGUGGCACGGUCAACAGAUAGGACAGUCCCCGCCAAAAAAAUAAUUUACGAACAAAUGAGUGACACGUGCAUUGAGGCUGCCGAGUCCGCGGUGAAAAUCCUGAGGCGUAUGCGCGAGGAACAAACUCUGUCCAGUCUCGUACUGUUCGACAGUCACUUCAUGGGGGAGGUGAUGGGGAUCUUGAUCAUGGCACUACAGAAACGAAGUAAUACAGAACACCAGGGAAUGCUCCAAUUUUGUCUGGAGACCUUCAGAGGCAUGGAGAAGGUUGGUUGGUGCGAGAAGCUCUCUCCUGAGCUGGAAUCCACCGUCCAUGCAAGUGGUGUGCUGCCGCCAGGACCACUGCAGCCACUCCAUCCCAACACAACAGGGUUCUGCUCUCUAAUGUCUAUAUCCAGAAAUUUCGAUGGUUGCCAGUUUGAUGUCUUUGAAACCCUGGAUCUCGAUCCGAGCGCUGGCCUGAUAGAAAUGUUCACCGACGCAUCGUUUUCGGGCUCCCAGUUUUUGUUCGAUAAUCCAGAUCGAGUGUAUCAUGUGUAA